AUGAAGGUUAUGAAAAAGAAAAUUGAUAAUGAUCGGUCAGCGAGUGAUGUUCUCGAUGAACUUAUAAAAGAACUGGAACUCUCACUAAAAGAAGAAUUCGAACUAAUUUUUGACACUGGAAAUAGUGAUUUUGGAUCUGCUUUAAAAGGACCUGAAAUAAUUUUUUGUCUUGCAAUUAAUUAUAUAAAUAAUUCUGGUUUUCGUAUAUCCGAACUGCAAAUUGAACGUCUUGAUACAUUCCCACUGAAUCGAUGUCGCUUAAUUCUUUCAACGCUUAAUUUUUCACGAGCCAAUCCAGCUCAAACUCUUAAUUUCUUUGGUCGACCUCUUGAAGGCUCAGCACCUCCACAACCUGUACUUACGAUGAUUGAUCAUCUUUUAAUGAGCGGCUUAGACGUUGAAGGAAUUUUUCGUAAAUCACCAAAGCAAAGUACUACGAGAAUGCUCAAAGCGCAACUUGAUCGUGGAUCCGUUCCAGAUUUUUGUCAGUUUAGUCCUCAUGUGACAGCUGCAUUAUUAAAGGAAUACUUGCGUGAUAUUCCUGGGAAAUUAUUAUUAUCAGGUAAUUAUGAUUUAUGGGCAUCAGCAAUGAAAUUGCAUGAGGAUGAAGAACGAAAAAUUGUGGUAAAACGACUUCUCCAAAUGCUUCCAUCGUCGCACACAGUGCUUUUAUCAGCAGUACUGCGGCUUCUCCGAGCGAUAACGAAUUCGGCUCAUACAAAAAUGAAUGCUCGAUCAUUAGCUGUUUGCAUAGCACCUAGCCUUUUAGAUUGUCCAACGAUGGGACGAAGAGCUGAAAGUUUACCUCAGCUUGCAGAAUAUUUAAUAAUUCGAGCACCAGAACUAUUAGAACCUUUCCAGGAUGCUCAGCUCGCUAUCUCUUCAUCACUUUCUAAUGAUUCAGGAUUAUCAGAUGUCGAUAUACCUAUUGAACUAAUAAAUAGUAUCUCUAACAGUGGCAACAAUAAUGAUAAAGAGAAAAACAGUAAUAUUUCAUCAAAUACGCUGACAAGCUCAUUAAGUAGUGCCUUAUGUGCAUCACCACAAUCACUAGUCACUAAAUAUUCACAUUGGAAGAGAUAUUCACUGAGAUCACCAAAUUCUGGUUAUUAUACAAGUAGUUUGUCAAUUGAUGAUGAAGAUAUUGAUAUGAUAGUCGAAGAUAAUGAUCGUACACCUGUUUUAUCCAGAGAGAAUUCAAAUAUUCAACGCAAUAUACCAAUAAUUCGAAGAAAAAGUAGUUCAAAAAAGGAACGUUUAAGUGAAAGGAAAGCAGAAAUAAAACGAACGUCACCGCUAAUGAAACGAUCUGAAUCUAUCGAAGUUUCAUUCAAGCAAAACAAUAAUUAUUUACCAAAUACAAGUGAAUGUCAGAGGUCAACAGGAGUUCAAGGAAUUCAAGCCAACAGCCCAAUAUUAGCUCACAAACAAUUUUAUGAGCAAAGUCCUUUGGUCAAACGAAAAGGAUCAUUGAAAAUAAAAUCCUUCACUGCUGAUAAUGAUGAACAACAAGGACGAUCGACUGAUACAUCGUCAUCAUCUUAUCAAGCGAUGAGAAAAAGUUCUUUAAAGGAAUCACCACGAUUACAGCGAAAUCGUCUCUUAUUAUUAGAAUCAUUUUAUAAGAACGAUUCAGAUAGUUUUGAGGAUUCGACAACGGAAGAUGAAUUUAUACAGCGAGCAUCACUUCCCAGAAAUAUUAAAUUUCAUACUAAUAAUGUUAAAGGUGAUGAAUCUAUUUAUACAAAGUAUAAAUACAGAUUUCCGAUUAUUGCGUCACCUAUUCAAUACGAUCGACGGAUACUAAAAAGAGAAGAAAAUCGAGAUCCAUCAGAAAAUCAAGAGUCGAGGACAAAAGCAAAUAUUCCGAAUAACAGCAAUAAUCCUCUAAGCACCACUACCUCAACGACAUUUCCUGCAACUAAAUGGUAUCAUACGGCAAAUAUGCAAGUAAAAGAAUAUCGGACUGAAAUCAAGACUGUAGCGAAAGAAAAAUUCACUCCAGUUUUGUGUGUUGGACCAUUGAGAAAGAAAUCUGAGCAAGGUUCAGUUUCUGAAUUAAAUUCUGAAUUAAUAGAGACGUCACAUAAUUUAGAAUUAGGACAAAGCACGAAAGCACCUCUUAUACGAAACCAAAAAGAUGUGAAUUGCAAAGAAAAGUCUCUAAACCAUUUAAAUGAGCUACAGACACCAUUAGUUCAUCACGAAAAAACUAAUUCCUAUCAACUGGCGGAGAAUCGAAAAGUAUCAGAAGAGCCUAAUCGUUAUGUGAAAUCAAGUUAUUCGUACCAGUCAUAUCCUGAAACGCAAAAAUCAAAUCUUAGGUCUCUCGAAAAAAAUAAUUAUGUAGAAAUGGACCCAUCAAAUCACGAAUCGAUUAAAUCAUUAGAUCGAUCGAAUUAUUAUAGAUCAUAUCAAAAUAACAAGAAUUUCAGUCAGAAUGGAAUAUUCAAGAUAGAAGAAGCCUCAUUUUCUUCAAUAGCAAAUGGCUCAUUAGAUAAUAAUGAAAGGUUAAUAACUCACGACCAAGAUCAAGCGGAUUAUCAGAUCGGUUUGCACCGCAAUUUACGACGAAUUUCAACUUUCCAUGCAACCGAUCAGUUUCAAACAAAGAAAAAUAAGCGUUCGCUAUCAUCGGAAUUAUUGUCGAACCAAGACACUGAUAACAAACAUAAACUGCGUAAAAAUAAUCGAAUAAUUUUGAUGGAACCUCUCGAAGUGAAUUGGUCAGUUAAUGAAUUGAAAAGCAUUUUUCAAAGAAAUGCUCAUCAACCAAUUCGAUUGGAUACUGAAUAUCGUUCGAAAAACCACCGCUAA